UUGUGUAGUAUGUGAGCUAUUUGUUAGCCUGCGAGUCAGUCGUUUUAAUACAUAUUUCUAAUCAGGCAGCUUCGCGGGCCACUAGGACGGACACUGUUUACAUGCGGACGUGAGCGUGCGCACACUCGCAGCGAGUCGAGAUCGGCUACUUAUUUGUGAACGUCUGUCUUGCGGGGACAAAUUGUCACCCAGCCAGCGACGACAAUGGCAGCGUUGCCAUGGUUACAUGUGAGGGUCAUUUUCAAUUAUUCUGUCUUUUUGUUUCUGCCUUCCCGCAAUUAGCCGCGCAUGCGGCGUAGCGGCCGUUUCGCAAGGAGCUCGACGCGUAGGAGUUGUGCUCCUUGUCUUAUUUCGUUCUGCAAUGGUGGUGGAGGUGGACGGCUUCUUCGGCGUGUACAUGCUCUACUGCACCAAUCCCAAAUUCAAAGGUCGCAUCUACAUCGGCUUCACCGUGAACCCCGAGCGGCGGAUCGGGCAGCACAACGCCGGGCGGCACAGAGGCGGGGCCAAGAGGACCAGCGGCCGAGGACCAUGGUGCGACCCUGCUGAUCCACCGCACCGCACCGCACCGCACCGCACGAUGGUCACUCUGUGCACUCAUCCAAUCACUCGUGCUCUGCACGUUCCUUUUGUUUCUGACAGGGAGAUGGUCCUCAUCAUGCACGGCUUUCCCUCUGACAUUGCUGCCCUGAGGUUUGAGUGGGCGUGGCAACACCCUCACUCCUCCAGGCGACUCUCCCAUGUCUCCCGGCGCUCCAGAAAGGAGUCGAGCCUGCAGUUCCACUGGCGCGUCCUCUCCAACAUGCUGCGGGUGGCGCCGUGGAACAGGCUGCCGCUGACUGCCCGCUGGCUCAAGCAGGAGUACAGGAUGGACUUUGAGCCAAGUCUGCAGCCUCCCCUGCACAUCCCCAUCGCUUUCGGCAGUGUGAGAGCCAAGAAGACUCAGCCGCAGCAGGCUGCGGGAGAGCAGGACGCAUCCAGGUGUUUUGUCUGCAAAGGCCUAGUCAAGGUGUCAGAAAAGCUGAGCUGUUUCCACCCAUCCUGUGGAAUGAGCAGUCACCUGAUCUGCCUCGCCAAACAUUUCCUGAAGUCCGAACCGUCGCACCUCCUGCCUGUGGAGGGGGAAUGUCCCGCCUGUCGUCGCACAGUGCUGUGGGGGAGCAUCAUCCGGUACAAACAAGGCUGCUCUGGUGGCCAGGAGGAGAUCACACCCUCUGCAUCCCAAAGCCAUUGGGCAGAUGAACUGCAGCUAUGAAAGAGCAGCGUCGGCAAAAAUGAGCCCCGAUGAAAUGUGGUGUCACAACAAUUAAGGACAUGUGUCAUGGAAUAUUCUUUUUCAAACUGAGCAAAAAUGUAUUGCAAGACAGAGACUGGAUCCUCCCACUGACUGUUUGGAUUUUUAUCAGUCUGAUCAUGAAGUAUUUUUAACUAUGUGUUUAAUGUAUUAAAUAUCUGUGAUGAAAAAAAUUAAAAAAGUGUAGUGUAUGACGUGUCCACUUAUUAGGUAAAAAUAUCAUCAGAACUCAACUGGUAGAAACAUUUGCUUUUGCCUUUUCUUGUUUUAUUCCUGUCACGUGAACACUGUCGAUCCGACAAAAGCAGGCAAAAAACAAAACAAAAUAUAUUUUUGGACAUAAUUAUGAAGGUAACUCAGACUCUAGAGCUGCAGGUUCUAAAUCUGACAAUAUUAAAAUAAUAAUAAUUGCGACCCUGUUAUUUAUCAUCAGCAUUACAUUUAUUAUUAUUAACAAUGUAUUUUCAUCUAUAAGUGUCAGUAUUAUUAUUGUCAUGAUAAGAAUCAGUCUGACAGAGCUUAAAGCAGCGGUUAUACAACUGUUCCUCUUUUCUCAACCCAUCCGGUAGAGUAUGGUUAUGCUAGAAAUCUUUUCCUGUUAAAAGGGAGAUUUUUUCUCCACGGCCACCAUGUGCCGCUCAUUGUGUGAACUGUUGGGUUUUCUCUGUAAUAUUGUGAGGCCUCGACCUCACUAAAGUGCCUUGAGAUAAUGUAUGUUGUGGUUUGGCGCUGUACAAAUAAAAUUGCUGAAUUGAAUUCCA